AUGGCAGAAGCUGGCAAGGCUGAUGCAAAGGUGGCCGCAAAGCCACAAGAGAAGAAGGUGUCCAAGCCGCGAAUUGACUGCAUUGACGGCUGCAGAUUUGCGCUUGUCUUUCCGAUCGUGAUUGCCCAUUUCGCGAGGUUCGGAACCAGCAACACCACCGCGCUGAAGCUCCUGACGCAGGAGAACGUUCUCGUUGGAGGUUUCUUCGUCAUUUCUGGUUAUGUUUCUGCUUACACUUCAACCAAGCUCGGCGAGCGGAAGGCGGAGGACAAGAAACUCGCCAAUCCCGAGUUAUUCUUCUGGCAGAGGGUGAUGGCAUACUAUCCGCUUCACUUCGUUGUCUCUGCGAUUUUUGCCCCCAUGUUCAUUCAAGUCGAGAGGUGGUACAACACUCCUUGGACGAUGACAGCUUUCAGGGCAUUCUUGAAUUUCAGCAUGCUUCAGGCUUGGUUUCCAAAGGAGGCGGAGAUCUGGAAUCAGCCCACCUGGUUUCUGUCUGCACUCACCUUCUCCAACCUCACGAUGCCCACCUUCGUGCUCCCACAAGUGGCACAACUCUCCAAAUCUGGCCUGCAGAAACUCUUCGCUGCUCUGACAGGGAUGUCCCUGCUUCAGAAGGUAUCUUACUCUGAGACCUCCAGGUUUCACAGCAGCAAGGAGCAUCCAGUGGAUGGAAAGGUCAUGUAUCCUUUGAUUUGGAACUUGACCCGCUUCCAUCCCUUUUGGGCGCUUAUCGAAAUGACCAUGGGGGUUGCGGCUGUUCGACAUGUGAUGCUGGACACAGAGGAAGACAAGAAGAAGCCGACCACGAACCCACUUUGGCUUUUUCUGGCUGCUUAUGCCUCCUUGGCAUUGCGUUUGACCUCGUUUGACUUCAACGAUGCGAUCAUCCGCGGCGUGCUGUUUGUUCCCAUCUUUACGAAGUUCCUGACGCAAAUUCAUCGGGAUGCUCUUUCUGCAAAUCCUGCUCCUAUUACGCGAUUCUUCGGCUCAAAACCGAUGGCUACGUUGGGAUCCAUUGCGUUCCCCAUGUUCAUCUUGCAUGGCCCAAUCGGUCAGAUCUUCUACAAAAAGAUACUCGCAAAGAAGAUCUGGGGUGGACCAAUGUCAACGAGGUUCUUCCCGUGCUAUUUGCUGAUUUGCUUGGCCUUGAGCCAUCUCACCAACGAGUUCUUCGUGAAGAGCAAAAAGGUUGCUGCGGUCUCCGGAAAGGAACAGCGAGCUAGGCACAAGGCCUUGUUGAUGCUCAAGCAGCGCGGUUUCAGCACAGGGCUUGACGACACGCCACUCGACAUGAGCGCCGUGCCGCAGAAGAUCGAUGCUGAUGCCAAGUCCAUGGCCAUGCCACCGGACGCCAAGCAGGAAGUCAAGCCCGUGAAGGUCUCCAAGCCCCGAAUUGACUGCAUCGACGGCUGCCGCUUUGCGCUGGUUUUCCCCAUAGUGAUUGCGCACUUUGCCAGGUUUGGCACCAACAACCUGACGGCGCUCAAGCUGCUCACCCAGGAGAACGUGCUAGUUGGUGGAUUCUUUGUGAUCUCUGGGUAC